AGCUGAAGAAAUUAGUGAGAAAUGUGAAAAUGACGGCCAUUCAAAAUAAACCGAAAAUGUACUUGGGCAUUCCGGACAAUGCCUUCUUUUUUAUACAGCUUUUAAGCAAAGAAACAGAAAUUAACAUAGAGAAAAUCUGUUUAACCAUCACUAAAAUUAAGUUAAACGAUUCGUUUGCAAGAAUCGGAGAUGAUUUUGGAGUUAGUGCUAGUAAUGCAAGUGCUGUUUUUAGAAAAACUCUUCCCAUUAUAGCACAUUAUUUAAAACAAUUAAUAAUUUGGCCUUCAAAGCAAUCUAUCAAAUCGAAUCUGCCCUUGCCAUUUCGUGCACGGUAUAGUCAUGUACAAUCUAUAAUAGAUUGUUUGGAAAUUGAAAUUCAGAAGCCUAGUAGUGCGAUUAAUCAAAGCGUUACAUGGUCUGAAUACAAAAAAUGUAACACAUUAAAAUAUUUAAUAUCAAUGUCACCAGAUGGAACUAUUAAUUUCAUAUCAGAAGGUUUUUGUGGGAGAACAUCCGAUGCUGCAAUCGUAGAACUUACAAUUAGCCAGUAUUUAAAUCACCUACCAGCAAACUGUGCAGUCAUGGCUGAUCGAGGUUUCAAAAAUAUUGAACAUUUAUUACAAAAAAAAAGGAUGUAUUCUAAUUCGACCGCCUAG